AUGGACUCUAUGGUACUGGAUUAUCAUGGUCAUGUUCUCUUUCCUCCAAACGCCACGACCACAACAGUCCAGACCCCAACACGGCGGACUCCAGUACGUCAGGCUCCAGCUCCUCAGACUCCAGCUCCUCAGACUCCAGCACCUCAGACUCCAGCACAUCAAAGACCUGCACCCCGAACACCAGCUGCUUUGACUCCAUCUGCCACCCCAACAGCAACUCUAUUAGCAGCCCCCAGAUCCUCUGCAGAACACAUGACUCCUCGACAGAUGGCCCGAGAAAAGGUGCAAAAUGCUUGGAGUACUCCUCACCAAACACCCAAACCAUCUCCAGCAGCCUCAGUAUCAGAUGAAGCCAUUCGUGACAUGGUAGCUUCAAAUACUGUGAGCAUAAUAAUGAUUUCAUUACCUCCUCUUUUCAAUUAUAUAUUAAGCGCACAUAUAUCUCAUUUAUUCGCGGAGCGAGCGAACGAGCUGUCAAGCUUGCGAGACAGCGAGUUCGCGACGCGAAGCGCAACUCAGUGA